CCCGAAGCAUAAUUCGGUUCGCCAAGAACAUAAUUGAAGUUCAGUGACUGGCUAAGAAAAAUUACCACGGGUUGUUAUCCCGAUCAUGGUGAAGGAUCAGGAAUCCGAAGGAGGAGAUUCCAAAUUUUGUUAUAAAUAUGACACAUCUUACCCGGGUCUUAUUCUAGAUCAAUUUUCUUGUUGGUUCGAACUUGCACAGAUAAUUCCCCAUCUCUGCCAAUUCCUUGGGGUCGAAGACAUAAAGCAGUGUCGACUAGUUUGCAAAUCUUGGAAUUAUGGUGCCACCCCCGUCAUGAAAGCCAAGGCAGUGAUCAACGUUCCACUUUAUCAUGAACAUUCUAAUGAUGGCACACUUAAAGAUGAACCACUUGAAGAAAACCAGGGUAUUUUGGACGUUAUUUCUGAAAGACUGAAAUUCUGCUCGGUCAAUGUCCAACUCCUGGCGCCAUACACACGUCACACCACUCCUCCCCCCAUCAACCCCAAAAUCUUGAAUUCAGUCAGAAAUCUGAAAUCAAUUUAUGUCCGAUUUAUUACACAACAUGCCGCCCAGUGGCAGGCCGAUUUGUGCGACCAAAUUAUACUGAACUCGUCCCCCACUCUGGAAGAAUUAAGGCUUCACUGGGAAGGCAACUUCAAUUUCGCUUCACUUUCUGGUACCGUCUUCCCAAAAUUAAAAAAAACUGGGGCUACAAUAUGGCUCGGAUCGGAAAAGUAAAAUUGUUGAAGGAAUUACUCAAGCAAUUUCGAGGGUUUUCCCAGCUUUAGAAUAUCUCAGAAUUAAUGGAGGUCUUUUAUAUGAAAUUUCAAAGAUGGGAAUCCUGCCAAAGUUUCCACUGUAAGUAUCGUGCAUACAGGCAUAAAAAUCCAGUAUUAAAAUAAUACCAAGUGGUGGUCACAGAUGUACAUAUGUUUGAGUCUACAAAAGUGGUGUUGAAAAGGAAUACCGUGAAAUCACUUAAUUCUUUGGUAUUAAAUGAACAGUUUUACGUUAAUGGGAAUCAAUAUCUGCCGGAAAUUCCUUCCUAAUUGAGGAAGAUUGAGUUCGACGGUGUUUGCUUCGAUCACAACCAAGAGGAGGAGCUGCCCCCGAAUCUGUACAACUUUUUAAAGAAACAUUCACCCACGCUGGAAGACCUUUCCAUCCGAAUGUAUUUUUGUUGCUGUUGCAAUGAACAGGAAUGGAAAUUUCCAGCAUUUCCGGCCUUGAAAAGCUUGAAGAUAUGUAACGUCUCUGCGCCCGUAAAGUCUCUGCGCCCAAAAAGUUAAAGCUUUGUACAAUUCCUGACCAGGCUUUCGACAUGGGUCUGAAUAUUGGUCCCAAUAGUAGUGAAAAUAGUGAUAACUCUCCGAUUACAAUUGGUAUACUAACCCAACUACUUAAUGAUAACACGAAAAUUCUCACCAGCAGAUUUGAUAAUCUUGAUAUCUCAGUCGCCCUCCACAAAGAGAAGCUUGAUGAGCUUGAAAGUGAAGUAAAAAGUCUAAAGAUUAAAGUAUCCGAAAUUACAGGUGAAAAUGAGCGACUUUGGUGCGAGUUAUCGAAAAUUAAUCUAAUAUUCUCAGGAAUCCCUGAAAGAAUCAAUGAAUCCCAAAAAGACUUAUUUGAUCAAGUGGCAAAUGUUAUUAAAGCAACAGGACACACGUACAACUUUGACACCGCAUAUAGAAUUGGGAAACCAUCAAAAAACUCGACUAGACCAAUAAAAGUAAGGUUCUUAUCACUGUUUGAAAGAAAUGAAGUUUAUGGAAAUAGAUUCAAAGUGAAUAAGCCGACAUUUAUAAACGAAGAUUUACCCGCAUCGCUAAGAAACGAUCAUAGGAUUCUACGACAGAAACGUUCUCAAUUACGCAAUCUGGGAUAUGAUGCGAAACAAAUUCACGUUGAUUGGUCAAAGAGAACGAUAAACAGUGGCACCACACACAUCAGGACCUCAGAGUCUCUCCCUUUCCAAGAGUCCAACAAUCCAGAAGUGGACGUAUCAAAUCAUCCGCAAAAUAACGAUUCUGUAAAGAAGAUUAGCGUAACAAAUCAAUUUACAGGAGCUGCUGUUGCCACAUGUCUGGGGCCCGACCUUACUGUGAUUAAGGGUUUCUACUUCUUGUUCUAUGCCGCCCUGGGAUCAUUAUUUCCAUUUCUGAGUGUAUAUUUUAAACAACUCGGAUUAAAUGGAGCUCAGGCCGGGGUGCUGAUUGGAAUUAGACCAUUGAUCGAGUAUAUUGCGGCGCCAUUGUGGGUCAGCCUUGCUGAGAGGAGGAAUCGCCUAAAGAUCUUCCUGCUAACGUCGUUAUGUUUCUGGAUAUUAUUCACUUUCCCCCUUGGCUUCAUCCACGCAGAACCGGUCGCCUGUAUCCAUAAAGUUAAUAGUACAGCCGCAGUAAUUAUGAGCGCUGACCCUGUCCAAGUUCAAUUCUACGAUAGAAAGAGGCGCGACAUUUCAAAUGAUAAUAUGAUACUGCUCGACUCGAUAUGCCACCACGUUUCGAAGAGAGACCUGCCCAACGCGAAAAUGAAUCCAGGGAUAACCCCCAAUAAAGUUCACCACGCCAUGAAUUACGAUCCUAGUAGACAUGCCGCCUGGGUUUCAUCAUCCCUUUCAAGUCAAAUCUUUAAAAAACAAGAUGUCAAUAUAGUUUUCUAUCUUCUGUUAGUGUUCGUUUUAGUCGGUGCAGCACUGUCCUCACCGGCAACCGUGAUUUCAGACUCGGUCGUGUUAAGAUAUUUGGGAGGUGAGGGCGGGAAAAGAUACGCACAUCAGAGAAUACUUGGGUUGUGUGGAUGGGGCAUUGCCGCGUUUGUGAUGGGGCUCGUCCUGGAUUAUGUCCCGUUUCCAUGGAGGAAGUGUGAACCAUUGUUGUAGGAGAGACACUACACCGUCUGUUUCUUAGCAUUUGUUGUGCUAAUGGGAUUAGCCAUUGCAGUAGCUUCGACGAUGAAAAUCCCGGAAGUGCAAUUGUCAGACGGAGAAUUACAGAUUGAUGUACGACAAAGUGAGGAUGGCAGUGGAUUUGAAAAUGUGCACAUUGAUGAAGCUCAAGCGCCUGUAGAGAAGGUCCCCGACAUUGACAUGACUGGAAUUCCUGGUUCAACUGUGUUUGCCCAACAAAAUAAAGCUAUCUCGGGAUGGCUUAUAGUGCUCAGACAUCCACAAAAUUCACUAAUUGGCAUAGCAUUCUUAUUCAUUGCCUGGAUAAUGGGGAUUGGAGCUGGGUUGAUCUUCACGUUUCUAUUCUGGCAUUUGCAAGAUUUUGGUGGCACCACGACCCUAUUUGGAUUGGCUUGCCUUGUAAAUCAAGUUUCUGAAAUUGCUGCCUAUUUUUUCGCGCCUCAAUUUAUCAUUCGAUUGGGACACGUUAACGUGCUCUGUGUCGGGUUACUGUGUAACGUGGUCCGAUUUCUGUACAUCUCGUUUCUUACCAAUCCAUGGUGGGUGUUGCCGUUAGAAUUUGUUCAAGGUAUUACACACGCCACAAUCUGGGCCGCUAGCUGCUCCUACCUGACUAAGAACACACCCCAAGAUUUAAAACUACAAGAUCAAAACGUAUUGGAAGGAUUAUAUCAUGGACUCGGGAGGGGUUUUGGUACAGUGAUCGGUGGCAUCUUGGUUACUUCGCUUGGAACCAGGCCAACAUUUAUGCUGUACAGUAUAAUUUGUGCUAUAACAUUGGUGGGGUUUUUGCUCUUAACAUGUUACAAAAAAAAAGAAAUUGGACAAAUUAAUCGACUUCAAGAAGUAGGUCCACACAAUAUCGCUGCUGAUACGGGAAGAUCAUCGAAAUAGGUUGUGGCUCCACAUAUAGUGGGACAUCUGAUGACUAGAAAAGCGAGAGAUUUUGAUUAGUGGGUUAUAUUCCCCAAGUACUAAUUAGUUUAGAGCAUUCUCUUAUUUUCUUCGGGAGUGCAUUCCAUGAGCACUAUAAGAAAAAUGUCAGCGACAAAUGUGUAACAAAUAGGAUUUGAUAUACUCAGCCUGUCAAUCUUACUUUCAAAACGAAAUACGUAUUCAAACCUUUACAAAAAUAACACAAAAUUAGUAAUCAGAUUUAGUGUACUUCAGAAAAAUCGGUUAACGCUGAGGGCAAGUGGUGGUACUGGGUACGACUGUAAAAACCAUAGUGUUCCAUAGUGUUCUAAAAUUUCAUUGAUAGCUAAGAAUGUGUGUAAUUAGUUAAUAGUUACUUGAAAGGAAUUAGGAUGAGCUUAAAUAUGAAAAUUAUGUAUGCGGGGAGCUGCGCUUAUUUUCUUGUUUGAAAAAUUAAAAUUAGUCUGGUCAAAAUCAGUGAAAACCAUUUCAUGUCAAGGCAUUGUCCAUACAUAUAUUGUGCCAUCAUGUUCAACACAGUACGAUGGGAAACCUUGUCCAACCUGCCAUGGUUAAAAUGAUGACGUAAUAUAUUGACGAGCCCAUACUCCUAAUUUCACAGAAAAAGUAAUUAAUUUUAUAACAAUUCAUUUAGUCAAAAUUAUUGAGAACGCAGACCGGUUUUAGAUUCUUCUGUAUUCAGUUGAAAAUUGCAUGAUACAAAUACGCCCCUGAAAUCUGGAAUCGCUCACGGAGAUGGCGCUGCCCGUUAAGCUCGUAAGACAGGCUGAUGUAAUACUGUAACCAUAUAAAUUCGGU